AAAUAAGAGGACAAGACAAUGAGAGUUUAUAAAUGCAAUAUCCCGCAUUGCUAUGCUCUAGAAGCAUCCCAUAGCAAUUGUGAUACUACUGGACCUUGCCACUCCGAAGAAAUCCCCAACACUCAACGUCGGUGCCUAUUUCUUCUUGGGUUUUACUAAUGGAUGCCAAAUUAAUGCACGCGGUUCAGUAUUCUGGUUAUGGUGGUGGAACUCACGCCUUAAAGCAUGUCGAGGUUCCCGUUCCUGAACCAAAGAUUGAUGAAGUCCUUAUAAAAGUUGAGGCAGCAACUUUAAACCCAGUUGAUUGGAAGAUACAGAAGGGCAUGUUGCGGCCCUUCUUACCCCGCAAAUUCCCUACUAUACCAGGAACUGAUAUUGCUGGGGAGGUAGUCCAGGCAGGAUCUGGUGUGAAGAGGUUCAAAACUGGUGACAAGGUUGUAGCGCUGCUUAGCCAUGCUACUGGAGGUGCGCUGGCGGAGUAUGCCAUUGCAAAGGAGAACCUGACAGUUGCUAGACCACCUGAAGUAUCUGCACCAGAAGGUGCAGCCCUACCAGUUGCUGCCCUUACCGCUCAUCAGGCUCUAACCCGGUCUGCAAACAUCAAGCUUGAUGGAAGUGGUGAAAAGAAAAACAUAUUGAUCACAGCCGCAUCAGGGGGUGUAGGCCACUACACAGUUCAGUUAGCAAAGCUCGGAAACACGCAUGUAACAGCAACAUGUGGGGCCCGUAACAUAGAUUUUGUUAAGGGUUUGGGUGCCGAUGAGGUCCUUGACUAUAAGACCGCAGAAGGGGCUGCCUUGAAAAGUCCUUCGGGGAAAAAGUAUGACUUUGUGAUUCAUGGUGCCACCGGAAUCCCAUGGGCCACCUUUGAGCCCAAUCUGAGCGCAACCGGUAAAGUAAUCGAUUUGACUCCUAGCCCAAGUGCUAUGCUUACAUUUGCUAUGAAAAAACUGACAUUCUCCAAGAAACAGCUAGUUCCUCUGCUUAUGAUUCCAAAGACAGAGAAUUUUGACUAUAUUGUGAAUCUGGUUAAGGAGGGAAAGCUUAAAACAUUUAUAGACUCUAAACAUCCCUUGAGUAAAGCUGAAGAUGCUUGGGAUAGAAUAAUGAGUGGACAUGCCACAGGAAAAAUCAUAAUAGAUCCUUGAGUAGAAAUGUAAGUUCACGGAGUGUUUAUCAAAAUAGCUUAUCAGACAAUUUAAACUUAUUUUGGUACAAUUAAAGGGUUGAGUGGCUAAAUUAGCCAAUUUUAGUGUUUUGUAAAUUAGCUAGUUGAAACUGUUUAUUGUUAUGAAUUAGCUGCUUUUGAACAAACUGUUCAUAGCAGCGUAUUCAAAAUCGGCCGGUCAAACCAGUUAAUAAAUCAGUUAGUCAAAUCAGCUAUCACCUAAUAUUUAUCAGCCGUUUGCCAAACACCCUUCACAUAUUACAACUUGCUAGAACUUUUUAUCACAUUCUUCCUCCGUUCGUAAACACUUGUUGUAUAAUGGUUAUUAGUAUUAUUCAUUGUUCAAGUUUAUUUUA